CUAACGUUAUCUAGUAGAAAACGAGCAAAGUAACAGUUUGGUCGGCUUUUAACUUUUUGUCACGUUGAGCUGGCAAUGUUGCAUUUUACCUCAACGCGACAGUACUUUGAUAAUGCAACAAUCUGUGUUUGUUUAUUAUUUAAUACUAGCGUGCUGUCUAUUUGAACAGAGUGUAGGGUAGAAGAAUCCGACGGAACGUGAGACCCUGCGGAACAUCUCGAGAAGACGACGUUGCUACUUGCUAGGCUAGCUAGCUACCCACUUGGGUGCGGGUUGGAGGGACAUAUAAUAACAAAAUAUUGAAGAUUGUUUUAAGUUAGCUAGCCAGUUUAUAAAAUAAUGCCCAGCAAAAAGAAGAAAUACAAUGCCAGAUUCCCUCCGGCGAGGAUUAAGAAGAUUAUGCAGACUGAUGAAGAGAUAGGCAAAGUGGCUGCCGCAGUUCCUGUCAUCAUAUCACGAGCUCUGGAGCUGUUCCUGGAGUCUCUCCUGACGAAAGCCUGUCAAGUCACCCAGUCCCGGAACGCAAAAACAAUGACAACCUCACACUUAAAACAGUGCAUUGAACUGGAGCAGCAGUUUGACUUCCUGAAGGACCUGGUAGCGGCAGUGCCGGACAUGCAGGGCGAGGGAGAGGACAACCACGCAGAGGGAGGGGAAAAGGUUGCGCGCAGAGGUCGAAAGCCGGGGUCAGGCCGCAAGAACGGAGGAGCUGGCUCCAAGGGAAAGGACAAGAAGCUAUCAGGCACAGAGUCGGAGCAAGAGGAUGACUCUGAGGACAGCGAGACAGACGAGGAUGAGGAGGACGGGUCUCAGUCAAGCACAAACCUGCAGCCGCAAUCCCGAUUCCACAGCCCAGACGCCAUGCCACCCCAGUACCUCCACAUGGGCACUGCACAAGGGGGCCUGGUCAUGCCCCUGGGCUCUUUUGCCCCCCACCCCUCGCUGAUGGGCACCGCACCCCCGCCUCCCCCCUCCUUGCCGCACAAAGACGAAGACAAUGAUGAUGAAGACUAUGACUCUUAGCUCCCCCCACUCUUUUACCUUUCAUUUUCUCUUAAGUUGUUAUUUUAUGUGGCUGCAUUGAGAAAGAGGUGAGUCUGAGCAGACGCUCACAUGCAGCCCAUUGUUAAGGAAAAGCCUCCAACAACUGUCAGUAAGGCGUGUAGACACGACAGCCUGCACCACUGAAGACCAGUAAUCGGUUGUAUAUUGUGUUUUAAUAAUUUUUUGUUCUUAUUUUAUUGUGGAGAAAAAAUGUACCAGGUUGUUUUAUAAAACAGGUGGUUGUUAUAUUUGGACUACAAAAAAAUUGCAGUUGAUGUUCUGAAAGGCCCCCGGCCCAGCCCAAGGACCGGUUUGAUUAAGUCCCCCAUUGUAGUUUGCACUUUGGUUAUUCUCUCAUCUCUCUCUUUGUUUUCUGCAUACGUCAUUGGUGUUCAACGAACAUAUCACUCCAGUUCCAUGUCCACUUCUUCAACGUCUGCUCAAGUUCAGUUGAGAUGAACAAACUAUAAUGCCUGUGCAACCUAACAUAGCCUCAUAGAAUACUGUACACACCCCUUCUCGAGAUGAAUUCAGAGCAGCAGUUGGUUGUAUUUUGAAAGUGAUCAGCACUUACCUAUAGCAAAGGGAGAUGAGAUUAUUGUCUGUGAGGGUUAUUAUGAACUUGGCAGAGCGGUUAGAUCUUGGUCUUGCUUUCAGACUUGGUCGUCAUCGCACGUGGCUAUUCCAAUUGUUAGGCUACAUAGGCCCUCAAAAUGAACUGGUAAGGAGAUGUAUUUUACUAUAGGUUAUGAAUUCUUCUCAAUGUGACUGCGGAGUUGUGGAUUUUUCCCCUUUUAAUGCACAUUUUUAUGACGAUAAUUUAUCCUCAUGAAGACCUUGUCCAUUAGCUUACGUCAACCAUAUUCACAUGUCAUUACAACUCUGAUUGGAUGUUUUUGUUCAUUUGAAAUUUGGGUGACAAGUCACUGCUUUGGAGGUAUGACAUGAAAUAUGUUGUUUUGUACCCCCUCACCCCAACUAUCUCCUUCUUGAAGACAGAUGUGUCUGUGCUGGCUAUUCUUAUCUGAAGGAUACUGUGAUGCUCCUCCUGGACCAUAACUUUGUUUUUAAAGUUGUUAAACCUCACCCCCUUCCUUCUCACCUAUAAUUUGCGUAAUUUGUUUUCAAAAAGAUCACGUACCCUCCCCUCACUUGGAAUAAAAUUAUCCUUUGUAUUGUUUUUAUUUUUCUCUCUAUUAGAUAGUUUUAAUGUACUCAUUGAAAAGCAGAGAAGGAUAAGUCUCCCGUUUCUGUGUCUGUGUUGAUAUUAAAUGUUUGAAGGUAGGCCGUUGAAUCUGACGCUGUAUGUAAACUUUUAACAUUCUUUUUAUUUUGUAUGGGUGAAAUAAAGUUCAGAUUUCAAUAAAACACUG